AUGUACCUGGUGACAGUCACUGGGAAUCUGCUCAUCAUCCUGGCCAUCGUCUCAGACUCUCACCUCCACACCCCCAUGUACUUCUUUCUCUCCAACCUGUCCUUUGCUGACAUCUGUUUCACCUCCACCACCAUCCCAAAGAUGCUGCUGAACCUCCAGACACAGAGCAAAGUCAUAACAUAUAAAGCCUGCCUCAGCCAGAUAUUUUUUUUCAUUGUGUUUGGGUGCCUGGACAAUUUAUUCCUGACCGUGAUGGCCUAUGAUCGCUUUGUGGCCAUCUGUCACCCCCUGCACUACACAGUGAUCAUGAAUUCCCAGGUGUGUGGACUGCUGGCUCUGGGCUCCUGGUGCCUCAUGGUUUUCUUGUUCUACGGCACAGGCCUUGGGGUCUACCUUAGUUCUGCAGGCACUUCAUCCUCUAGGACAAGUCUGGUGGCCUCAGUGAUGUACACCAUGGUCACCCCCAUGUUAAACCCUUUCAUCUACAGUCUGAGGAACAGGGACAUGAAGGGGGCUCUGGGGAGACUCCUCAGCAGGGCAACAUCCCUCAGUGACAGGACUGUUGCAGGACUCCCAUAA